AUGAUCGUGGAGGGCGUACCCAAGGAACUGCAGCGCGGCAUGCCGCCCAUCGCGAUCGUGACGCUGGGUUACGCGGAGCCACGUUGGAACUUGUACCUGGCAGUGGCCGUGGUCGGGGCAAUGCUCGCCAUCUCGGGGACAUUCCUGGCGCCCGCCGGACUCCGGUAUGUGAUUGGCUGCCAGUCCCCCCAAUGCGGCGACUGGUUCGAGGAUCUCACUAUGUCCAUCAGCCCGCGACGCAAGCCUUGCGACGACUUUUACGAGUUCGUGUGCGCAAACAGGAACACCACGCAGGGUGCCACCGUGAACGCGUUCCUGAAGCUUCAGAUCCGCGUGGCGCUGUCGUUCUUCAAGCGGCUUCUGCUUGUCGACACCGACCUGCCGGACGCCAGCCUGGUCAGCGCGCACGUGAAGACGGCGCGUUUCAUGCAGCGCUGCAUGCAAGAGGCCAUCAAUGCCGCUGACGAUAUAGCCUACGUGUCCAACUUCCUGGCGCAGUACAACCUGUCCUGGCCCCCGCCCCAGGAUCCCGUCGCGCGCUCGGCUCAGGUCGAGCGCUCCGUGGUCGACCUGCUGGUCGAGCUAAGCCUCGUGCGCGGCGUGCACCCGCUCCUGCGCAUCGUGCCCGACGUGUACUUCAAGCGACGCGGCUACUACUCGCUCCACGUCGAGUUCAACCUGGCCUUCAUGUACGAGUGGGCCGCCGUGCGCAAGCUGCUGCUGGCCACCGGUCGGCUCGGCGCCUUCUUCGACGUCACCGCCCUGCUCCUCUCCGGAAGGCGUCCUCACCCUCAGCUGGUGGAACGCCUGAUGGCGCUGGACAACAUGCUGCUGACGGCGGCGCUGCCACCGAUGGGCGACCGGCCCAACAUGACUACGUCCUACGUGCGCUUCGGCGACCUGAGCAACUUGACGAGCCCGUCGUUUCCCGGACACAUGCUGCUGGACGCCGUCAACAACGUGCUGCCGCCGAGUAGACGCCUGACGGAGGACGACGAGUUGGUCGUCACCAACGGCCCUUACCUGCGCGUCAUCGGACAGUUGCUGGGGCCCAGUCCUGCUUCCGAGACGCUGCGCUCAUACGUCAGCCUUAUGCUGGUCCGCUACCUGGCACCGUCGACGUCGUCUCGCCUGGUGAGCAGCCAGCUGCCGGCCGAAGGGAACGCGCUGAACGCGGUGCUGUUCCGGCUGGCCCACUGCGUGGCCGACGCCAUCCAGCUGGUGCCGUACGUGAUGGGCGACCUGUUCGUGCGCUGGCACCUGGACGAGCAGGAGCUGGACGGCGCCCGCGACAUCGUCGGUCGGGUGCGCAACGCCACGCGCUCGGGCUUCCUGGCGCUGCGCUGGAUCGACGAAGAGACGCGACGCGGGGCGCUGCGCCGCAUCGACAACCUGGCCUCGCUCGUCGGGCACCCCGACAACGUGUCCAGGUGA